AAGAGGGCCUCCGGGAAGGCCCUCCGUGACCCUUUUGGCUCAAGGGCCCUCUCCGCUCGCAGCCCGCGCGGGGCGGGGGGGGGGCGCUCCCGCGGCAGCCUCGGCCACGCGCAUCCGUGCCGUCAAUCUCCACUCGUCAACGCCCCGACUGUACCCGCUCGCGCGCGCCGGACACGCGCGGGGAGCGGUGCGCCAGUGUGCUCUCCAGCGGGAGCGCCGCCGAGGCCAUGAUGAUGCCCACCGCCGAGGCGCCCGCGCAGGGCCUGGAAGCAGCCUACGAGCAGCUCGCGAACCUGCGGAAAGAUCUGGCGGCGCGCGAGGAGCGGAUGGCGCGCCGCGUGGAGAGCGAACGCAAGGAGCGCCAGACGGCCAUCCUGGAGCUCAAGAGGGACUUGGCCAAGCAGCAAACGGGCGAUCUGGACGCGCAGGAGGCGCGCAUCCUCCGCAGGCUCGAGGGCGACCGCCGGGAGCACAGGGCCUCUCUGACGGAGAUCCGGCGGGACCUGUCGAUGCAGCAGGAGCAGCGCUGCCAGAUCGCCAGCCUGAGGCGGGACAUCAGCAGCGUGCAGGCCGCGCUGGUCAAGUCGGCGCACUGCGCGCCCCCUGGCGCGGCGGAGGAGGCGGCAUCGCCCUGGCGGCCGGCGGCGGCGCCCCCCGAGCCCGCGGACGAGGGCGUGGUUGACAGGCCUGGCGCGGAGAGGCUGGCAUUCGGCGACCUGCGCGACCGGCUCGCGCUGCUCGAGGACGGCCUGGCGCGGCUGCAGCGCGAGGUGAGCUCCGCGGCCGCGCCCCCGCAGCAGCAGGUGGAGGAGGCUCUGCAGGAGGCGCGGCUCGGCAUCGACCGCCUCGGGCGCGACUUCGAGCAGGAGCGCAGCGACCGCUGCGGCUCCCUCGCCGAGGUGCGCCGCGCGCUCCGCGCCGUCGAGGAGGCGCAGCAGCGCACCGAGCGGCGCCUGGCCGAGAUUCUCGAGUCGCCGCCCGCGGCACUCGGCGGCGCCCGCGCGCAGCCGCUCUCGGAAGUCCUCGGCAGCUCCGAGCACGUGGCCCUGGCGGCCUGCGUCGGGGAGCUGGACGCGGAGUUGCGCGUGGAGCUGGCCGCCCUCAUCGACAGCAAGAUGAAGGGUAUCCAGAGGGAGGUCAACGAGCAGCUCCGCUCGUCGAAGGUGGAGCUGCACGAGGACGUGGCGGACUGGAGGUCGCAGCUGGGAGCCCUCAGCUCUCGCGUCGUGAAGCUGGAGGAGGCGAGGCUGGACCACAGGAUCGGCGUGCUGGAGACCGCGCAGCAGCACUCCGCCAUCUACGGCGCGCGCCCGAUCCUGGAGGAGGGCACCGUCACCAUCGCUUCCGUAGGGGAACCCGCGUGCGAUCUGGGCAUCCUCCGGACGUCCUCCGUAGCCAACCUACACGACUCGUUCCUGGCCGCGCAUGAGCAGGAGGUGUCGCCGCCCGCCCCUGCGCCCACCGUGCCCGCCGGGGCGGGCCCGAGCGGCCUGGCGGGGGGCGCCAGGCCCGGCUCGGCGGACUGCCGAGGCGGGCGCGGCGGCGCCUCGUCCGUGACCGAGUCGGCGGGCACGUCGUCCGCGGUCGCCGCCGCCUGGGUCCAGGAGCUUGACGUCUCGUGCAGCUGCUCCAUGGCGUCGGCGCCCCGGCCGUCCGCGGAGGACCCAGCGCAGGCGGCGCUGCCGCUGGGCGGCGGCGACCCGCAGGGCAGCUGCAGCGAGCUGCCGACCGCGAGGCAGCCGCCCAAGGUCGCCGACACCUUGAAGGAGCGCCUCGCAGGGCUCGUGGACCAGGUGAGAGAGACGCUGCACCAGGCCGACUUCUCCAAGAAGGCUGGCGCAAGGGAGACCCCGUUCGACUCGCCGAAGAAGGAGACGGCGGCCCGCAGCCCCCCUGCCGCCCCCGGCCCCGGCGCCUCCGCGAGCCUGGUGCCCGCCGGCCCCGUGCACGCGGCGCCCGCCGCCACGGCCGCGCCCCAGGACGUGCUGCCAGGGCUCGGGCGGCCCUCGUGGGCGGCGGUCGUGCCCGUGGCUGCCGCCCCGCACGCGGUGCUCCGCGCGGAGAUCAUCCACGCCCCGAGGCGCGUGAUGUCGCCCCUACGCGGUGCCUCGCCGGUCAGGCGAGCCACCUCGCCGCUGCGCUGCUGCCCGCCACUGGCGGCCUCCGCUCUGCUGCCGGCGCCACCGGUGUCGCUGCUGGUGGGCGGCGGCCCGAGCCCAUCGCCGGCGAGGUCCACCGCGGCGCUCCCCGCGGGCAUGCCGCGCGCGCAGUGAAGCGCCCACGGUGUGGGCGCCGCGCGGCGCGCCGCGGGACGCCGCCGGACCAGCCCGGAAGCGAGGCGUCUGAGCGUGUGACCGUCCUCCAGCCUCGAGAUCCGGACGCUGCUGUUUUUCACACUUGGAGCUGUAUUCGUUGUUCGGGUUCUCCCGCCCGGGUUCUCUUUGUCUGUUCUCUCGGGCACGGGCCGGCCAGUCUAGGAUGCCGCGCAGCGCUGCCCGCGCCCUUUGUGACCCCAUGCCCCAUGCCCUUCCAGCCUGCGUGCUUACGUCUGUAUUCAGACGGAUACCCAUGCUCGUUCCAACGCGCAGCCAGUAAUCAGGAUAACGAAGUACGGGCCGUGCCGAGCCAAUGCCGCGCAUAUCGCAGAAA